AUGGGGAAGGGAGGGCAAGAUUUUGGUAAACAGAAAGAGGACAAAAACCCUAGGCCGUCCGACGGUGAUGUCUUCCCUGCGUGGGCAAAAGAGAUUCAGGAGUGCGAGAAGCACUUUGGCGUGGACAGGAAAUUAGGGUUGAGUUCCGCAGACGUCGAGAAGCGGCGCGAGAAGUAUGGAUGGAAUGAGUUGGAGAAGCACGAGGGUCAGUCUAUUUGGACUCUGGUUCUGGAGCAGUUCAACGACACUCUGGUUCGAAUUCUGCUCGCUGCGGCCGUCAUUUCCUUUGUUCUGGCUUGGCUGGACGGGGAAGAAGGCGGCGAGAAGGAGAUCACGGCGUUUGUGGAGCCUUUGGUGAUCUUCUUGAUCCUGAUUGUGAACGCCAUAGUUGGGGUUUGGCAGGAGAGCAAUGCCGAGAAGGCGUUGGAGGCGCUGAAAGAGAUUCAGUCCGAGCAUGCGUCUGUGAUUCGAAAUGGGAUUAAGGUUCCCAGUUUGGCGGCCAAGGAGCUCGUCCCCGGUGAUAUUGUGGAGCUUAAAGUUGGGGAUAAGGUGCCUGCUGAUAUGCGUGUUGUGGAAUUGAUUAGCUCGACUUUGAGGGUCGAGCAGGGUUCAUUGACUGGAGAGAGUGAGGCGGUGAAUAAGACUAACAAGCCGGUUUCUGAGGACGUAGAUAUUCAAGGGAAGAAAAGUAUGGUUUUUGCAGGGACAACAAUUGUGAAUGGGCAUUGCAUUUGCUUGGUUGCGCAGACAGGGAUGUUGACUGAGAUUGGGAAGGUUCAUUCGCAAAUCCAUGCUGCCUCGCAGAGCGAGGAAGAUACACCAUUGAAGAAGAAGCUCAAUGAGUUCGGAGAGAUGCUUACGAUGAUAAUUGGAGUGAUUUGUGCAUUAGUGUGGCUCAUCAAUGUCAAGUACUUCCUCACUUGGGAAUAUGUCAAUGGCUGGCCGGCGAAUUUCAAGUUUUCGUUUGAAAAGUGCACAUAUUACUUUGAGAUUGCAGUUGCAUUGGCUGUGGCUGCCAUUCCUGAAGGUUUGCCCGCAGUCAUCACAACCUGCUUGGCGCUUGGUACCCGCAAAAUGGCUCAGAAGAAUGCCUUGGUUCGAAAGUUGCCGAGUGUUGAAACUCUGGGUUGUACGACUGUGAUUUGUUCUGAUAAAACGGGGACCUUGACUACAAACCAGAUGGCAGUGUCAAAACUUGUGGCUUUGGGUCCUACACCUACUAUACUACGCAAGUUUAAGGUGGAUGGGACUACAUACAAUCCAUUAGAUGGUAAAAUUCAUGACUGGCCAACUGGUCGUAUGGAUGCUAAUCUUCAAAUGAUUGCAAAGAUAGCUGCUGUUUGCAAUGACGCUGGCGUUACUCAUGCAGAACAGAAGUAUGUUGCUCAUGGAAUGCCUACUGAGGCAGCUUUAAAGGUUUUAGUUGAGAAGAUGGGCCUUCCUGAAGGGUCUCUGCGUGCAGAAUCAAGUGAAACCGAAUUGCUACGUUGUUGCCAGAAGUGGAAUGAAUUUGAAAGCCGAGUUGGAACCCUUGAGUUUGAUCGUGAUAGGAAAUCCAUGGGUGUCAUUGUCAACUCCCGUUCACAGAAAAAGUCAUUGCUAGUGAAGGGUGCUGUAGAAAAUGUGUUGGAGAGAAGCACUAAGGUUCAGUUGCUUGACGGUACUGUUGUACCACUGGAUGAUAACUCAAGGAACUGUAUUGUAAGAGCUCUUAAUGAGAUGUCAACUAGUGCAUUACGUUGUCUGGGUUUUGCUUAUAAAGAUGAGCUCGCCGAUUUUGAAUCCUAUGACGGUGAUGAAGAUCAUCCAGCUCAUAGACUUUUACUUGAUCCAUCCAAUUAUUCAUCAAUUGAGAGCAACCUUGUUUUUGUUGGCCUAGUUGGACUGAGGGAUCCACCAAGAGAGGAGGUUUUCGAUGCGAUUGAAGACUGCCGAGCAGCUGGAAUCCGUGUUAUGGUAAUUACUGGAGAUAACCAGAACACAGCAGAAGCAAUAUGCCAUGAAAUAGGUGUGUUUGGUGAUGGUGAAGACAUUAAGCCAAGAAGCAUUACAGGAAGAGACUUUAUGUCUCUGCCUGAUCAGAAAGCCUAUCUGAGACAAAGUGGGGGGCUUUUGUUUUCAAGGGCUGAACCAAAGCACAAACAAGAGAUUGUUAGGCUGCUCAAAGAGGAUGGUGAGGUGGUUGCUAUGACUGGUGAUGGAGUGAAUGAUGCACCAGCCUUGAAACUUGCUGAUAUUGGGAUUGCAAUGGGCAUUUCUGGAACUGAGGUUGCAAAGGAAGCUUCCGACAUGGUUCUGGCGGAUGAUAAUUUUAGCACAAUUGUUGCUGCUGUUGGUGAAGGCAGAUCUAUCUACAACAAUAUGAAAGCUUUUAUCAGGUACAUGAUCUCAUCGAACAUUGGUGAGGUUGCCUCCAUAUUCUUAACAGCAGCAUUAGGCAUUCCUGAAGGCCUCAUACCUGUCCAGCUUUUGUGGGUGAAUCUUGUUACUGAUGGACCGCCUGCAACAGCAUUAGGAUUUAAUCCUCCAGACAAAGACAUAAUGAAGAAGCCCCCACGUAGAAGUGAUGAUUCACUUAUCAGCGCUUGGAUAUUAUUCCGCUAUUUGGUAAUUGGGAUGUAUGUUGGUGUGGCAACUGUCGGCGUAUUCAUUAUUUGGUAUACGCAUGGUUCCUUCUUGGGUAUCGACCUCAGUGGGGAUGGCCAUUCUCUUGUGACUUACUCCCAACUUGCCAACUGGGGACAGUGCUCAUCUUGGACGAACUUUACUGCUUCACCCUUCACAGCUGGAACUCAGGUUAUCUCCUUCGAGAAUGACCCCUGUGAUUAUUUCCAUAGUGGAAAAGUGAAAGCUAUGACACUCUCCCUCUCCGUGUUGGUCGCCAUCGAAAUGUUUAACUCCCUCAAUGCCCUUUCGGAGGAUGGAAGCCUGUUGUCGAUGCCCCCAUGGGUGAACCCCUGGCUCCUUGUGGCCAUGUCUGUUUCAUUCGGCCUGCACUUCUUGAUCCUCUACGUGCCAUUCUUAGCUCAAGUAUUCGGCAUUGUGCCCCUGAGCUUGAAUGAGUGGCUCUUGGUUUUGGCUGUUGCAUUACCGGUGAUUCUCCUGGAUGAGAUCCUCAAGUUGGUCGGGAGAUGGACCAGCAGGUCUCAAGUAACCAAGAGGAGAGAAAAGCCCAAGACAGAGUGA